CUCUGAACGCAGAGGAAUAAAAGAUUCCGCCUAUUCAAGACACUAAUAAUAUUUUUUUGAAGAAAACUUUUUUAGUACAGAAAAAGGAUCGCCAAAGAAUCGAUACAUGAUAGAUGGCAACUAACGUGGUGAUUGUUCAACAGCCUGCGGCCAGUAAUCCACUGUUGGUCACGGGGAUCAAAGGUCACAGAGAAUGGUCCACGGGCCUCUGUGAGUGCGAGGACAAGGUCAAAUGCAUAAUUGGGUGGUUGUGUCUAUGUUGUACACAAUGCAGUCUGUCGAAAAGAACAGGGGAGUGUCCCUUAAUGGCUGCGUGCAUACCGGGAGGAACCACCCUACUACGAACUAGAAUUAGAACCAUCGGAGGAAUUAAGGGGACCGUCUCAAACGACGAUACAAUAGUAAAGUGGUGCCUUCCUUGUGCAGUAUUGCAAAUGGAAAGAGAACUCGACACUAUGGGAGUCCCGCUUUGAUUUUACCAUAUCUUGCGAAAUGAUAAAGCAGGAUGAUACCCACAUGCAUAUUUGAAAUAAAAAAAACUAUCUAUAAUGUUCUUAUUCAUUAUCUCUGUAAAUAAGAUAAAUGAUUUUCAAUAUUUUUGAAUUUUGUUCAUUACAUUUCUUAGUCAAAAGUUAUUUUUCAGGAUUUUAAAAAUUCAGUACAUUGUAUUUACAAAUAAAAGAAUUUUACGGUUACUUAAACUAC